AACAAUCAUUACUUGCAAGAAAAUCGUUCUCACAAAAUGUAUCGUUUGUUGGCGUUUUUACUUUUGUACAAUUUUGCUGUAGGCGACUUUCAUUGUGACUUUGGUAAUGAUGAUGAUAGUGAUUGUGACACAGACUCAGGAUCGCACGUGCUAAAUGAUGAACCACUUCAUGGCCUCGACUUUAAACCCACUCCUUUCUCAGGCCCCGGUCCUUUCCCAGGCCCCGGUCCUUUCUCAGGCCCCGGUCCUUUCCCAGGCCCCGGUCCUUUCUCAGGCCCCGGUCCUUUCUCAGGCCCCGGUCCUUUCCCAGGCCCCGGUCCUUUUCCAGGCCCCGGACCUUUGCCAGGCCCUGGACCUUUCUCUGGUCCCGGACCUUUCCAUGGACCCGGACCUUUCCCUGGCCCUGGACCUUUCCCUGGCCCCGGACCUUUCCCUGGCCCCGGACCUUUCCCUGGUCCUGGAUCUUUCCCUGGCCCCGUGCCUUUCCCUGGGUCUUGUCCUGACCAUGGUCCUGAUGAUAACCGUCCAGAAGAAAGCGACUUUGACAAGCUGGCUCGUUAUGUGAUCUCUGCCGACAGGCAGGUAUACUACAGUUGUAAGCAGAGCUCCUACAGCCGGGUGCGCGUGCUGGCCGGAGUGGACUCGUACUCUCUCAAGUACAAUCUGCAGGAGUUCGCGGAGAGCGGCAUCAAGGUACAGAUAAAACACCGCGUUAUCUCGAUAACUGCGGAGGCGCAGGGCGUGGCCACCUUCAAGGACUUGAGAAUCAUCCCGGAAAUUGUGAAUGCAAAUACUGCGACCUGGUUCUACGAGCAAGGUACUCUAACUGUUUUAAUGAAUUACAAAAAUCCCCUGAAAACCGAAGUCGCUUUGGAUUGUACAAGUAAUAUUAAUGAAUCUGUUAUCGAUGUCGCCAAAUCGACGAAUUCUGAGGACGAUCUGAGAAUGACACAUUAAAUUGUGCAGCAAAAACUUCUUUGAAAAGUUUGAAUUUAUUCAUGAAAAAAAAAAUAGUCUCAAAUGCCAUUGUUAAAUGUCUUAAUUUGUACUUUAAAAUAACACUUAGCUACUUAUGUGUACUUUUUUGACCAGUCAUUUUUAAAUUAAAACGGUUACUCCUUGAUCAUGUGAUAUUUCAUUAUCAUAACAUGUAUUAAAACAUUGUUUCUCUUGCAGCAAAAAGUAUUUUAA